AUGCGAAGCGCCCAAAACAGCGCCCAUACUGAUCUCGCCCUUGCAAAGACGGCUGGAAGACUCUCCAAUCAACCAUCACAACAUUUCUUCACUCCACGUUUGAUGUUGCUCACACGCACCAAGCUCUUUGCCAUCUGCAGCUUGAACUCACAAGACGAACCUAUAGCCGCCAGUGUUUACAGAUAUCUUCGACUGGUGGUUAACCUGUUUUUGUUCUGGACGUUCAAGCCAAUACCUAUUCCGGAAAAUCCAACUCUUCACCCGUCAGAUGUCACAGUCAUUCUGCCAACAUUGGAUGGCGAGGGAAUUGAACUGGAGAGAACGAUCCAGUCGAUACUCAAAAAUGAACCUAAGCAACUCAUCCUGGUCACCAUAGAUGAUAACUUGCAUAAGGCACAGGAAUUGCUUGCCAAGAUGCCUGCCAGUGAUCACGGACGGCUUAGAUGCAUGUCUGUGAAACAGGCCAACAAGCGACGCCAAAUGGCAAGGGCGGUCCCCGAAGUUACCACACCAAUUAUCGUCUUCGCCGACGACGAUGUCGACUGGCCACGAAAGACCUUGCAGUGGCUCCUGGCUCCCUUCGAAGAUGCAAAAGCGAGGUAUGGUGGCGUUGUCACAUGCCAACGCCUUCGUCGUGCGGAGAAGCCGAACUCGUCACAAAGAAUAUGGAAUUUUCUGGGAGCUCUCUAUCUUGAAAGGCGGAAUUUCGACUGUGCUGCGAUGACAAGGAUUGAUGGUGGCAUGCCCUGUCUCUCUGGAAGGACUGUUGCAUAUCGAACAGAAAUUCUCAAGGACCCCGCUUUUACCAAUGGGUUCACGGAUGAAAGAUGGGGUAUGUCUGGCCAGUAUCAACUAAAUGCGGAUGACGACAACUUUAUUACUCGAUGGCUUCUCUCACAUGGUUGGCAGAAUUAUAUGCAGUAUCACCCUGAAUGUGAGGUUCAGACCACCUUAGAGGACAAUCCAAAAUUCCUUAAACAGUGUCUUCGCUGGGCCAGGAGCAACUAUCGCAGCAAUCUCACAAGCCUUGUGAUUGAACGUCACGUUUGGACGAACCAGCCAUGGAGUACCUAUGCUGUUCAGCUUACCACAUUGUCGCCUCCAGCACUUAUCGGCGACCUUGCAUUGUGGCUGUUUCUCUACCUUGGGACCUAUGAUUGGCAGCGCCAGGAGAAGCACCAGGCUUAUUUUGUCUUGGGCGCCAUGAUGGCCUUCUCCAAGUUCAUCAAGCUCAUCACUCACUUCAUCCGCUUUCCUGUCGACAUCUUACUCUUGCCAAUAUCCGUUGCGUUCGGUUGGUACCACGGUGUCAUCAAGCUGCAUGCGGGCUUCACGCUACAUGAGACUACGUGGGGCUCACGAGCUGGUGCUGACGCAUCUGAUUCUGAGCGUAUGGUCAGGCAGAACAAGCAUAACGAACGACACAUCUACAACUACUACGAUGAAAAAGCCUUCCUAGAGAAGACACCUUUGACCCACGAUUUUGCGUCUACACAAGCGAUUGCAGCAUAA